AUGCCUCUCCCCGCCGGUGUCUACCGCGCUGACCACGUCGGCUCCUUUCUCCGCCCGCAGCCGAUCCUGCGCGCGCGCGAGACCCUCGACACGCCCACGCCCAUCGCCGCGGCGGAUUUGCGCAAGCUUGAGAAUGAGCACAUCACGGCGGUGGUCCAGCAGCAAAUCGCCAGCGGCCUGCAGUCGGUGACGGACGGCGAAUUCCGCCGCGCGUGGUUCCACAUCGACUUCCUGCAGCACCUGGCGGGCGUCGAGCGCCACGGCAGCCUCUCGUCCACCAACGUCACGUCGCACGGCGUGACGCCGCCCAAGCUGGUCGUCGUCGGCAAGUUGGGACAUCCCGACGCGAUCCAGGUGGAGGACUACAACUUUGUUGAGAAGGUGCGGCAGCAGGACGCCGCGGCCGCGGCCGACCGGACAAUCACGACCAAGGUGUGCAUUCCCAGCCCGACCAUGGUGCACUUCCGCGGCGGGCGCGAGGCCAUCUCCACCGAGGCGUACCCCACGCUGGAGCCCUUCUUUGAGGACCUCGUGAAGGUGUACCAGGCCGAGAUCGCGGACCUGUACGCCGCCGGCUGCCGCUUCGUGCAGCUCGACGACACGAACCUGGCGUACCUGUGCGACGAGGGCAUGCGCUCCGAGGCGGCCAAGCGCCAUGGCGAGGACCCCCAGAAGCUGACCAAGCAUUACGCCGCGCUCAUUAACGCCGCCGUCAGCCAGCGUCCCAAGGAUAUGGUGAUUGGCAUCCACUUGUGCCGGGGCAACUUCCGUUCCCAGUGGUUCGCGGAGGGCGGGUACGAACCCGUCGCUGAGGUGCUGUUCAAGGAGCUCGACGUGGAUGUCUACUUCCUCGAGUACGACGAUGCCCGGUCAGGGGACUUCUCGCCGCUGCGGUUCCUUCCCGAGAACAAGACGGUCGUGCUCGGCGUCAUGUCGAGCAAGAAGGCCGAGUUGGACGACAAGGAGGACAUCGUGAGGCGGUUGAACGAGGCGGCCAAGUUCUGCCCCCGCGGCCUCGACCAGCUGUGCUUGUCGCACCAGUGCGGCUUCAGCUCCACCAUGGAGGGUAACGACCUCACCGAGGAGCAGCAGUGGGCCAAGGUCAGGCUGGAAGUCGAGAUUGCCAAGCAGGUUUGGGGUGAGGACCUGUCUAAGUGA